AUGGACAAUUCCAUCAGGGGACCAAGCAAGAUCCGGAAACGAGCAGCAAAGGCGUGCCUGGCCUGUCGGGCACGCAAGGUCCGCUGCGAUGUCUCACAAAGGGGUCGGCCGUGUAUGAACUGCUAUCUCGACAACGAAACAUGCGUUGUCACCAGCCGAGCAACCAGACGUCGAAAGCAAAAGGAUGACGGCAGCAAUGUGGGCAACUCGGGUACGAGUAUCGAGCCUCCCAAUGACUCGCAGAGGCGCGGCUCAGGUGAGUCGUCAGCAGCCAUAGAGCAGGUGGGAGACGCGAAUAUGUCCCCUGCCACACCAUCGGACGCUGGGAGUGAAAACAUCGACGGUGGCUCAAGGGCCUUGAACGAGCUUUCAAAGGUGACCAUUGGAGGAAGCAAUGACGGACGGUCAGCCGUUCGCAAUGCAGACGCCAACACGCAACGGAUCCCAUUAAAAUAUGCCCCAAUGCCGGCACCACCUUUGCAGCCUUAUUCGCCCGCCCCAGCAAGCCUCCACUGGAGCGGAGAACAGAGCACGAGGUUCGGCGCCGACAUUACUUACACAUACUAUCCGUUCAUCGAGGUGAACAACCUCUCGAGCAUCCCGCCUCAGGAUGUCAACUACCUGGACUUGCAGGGCUGCCUACGAGUACCCACCAAGACGAUCCUGGAUGAGUUUGUCAAGCAGUUCUUCCUCCACGUACACCCGAUUAUGCCGUUGCUGAAUGAAGGGGACUUCUGGGAGAUGUAUGCUUCUCAGUCUCAAGGGACGCACGUGUCCAAAAGGAUAUCCUUACUCAUGCUGCAGGCCAUGAUGUUCUCGGUUUGUGGUUAUGUCGCUCGGAGCAAUAUUAAGGCUCUGGGAUUCCCAGAUGUCAAAUUCGCCAGGUCUGCGUUCUACCGGCGAGCAAAGCUUCUCUUCGACUUCGGGAGCGAGUACAGCCCCAUAGCCGUCGCCCAAGCGACGCUUUUGCUGUCUUCUUGGGCACCAAAUCCGAGCGGCAACAACACCCGCGUCAGCAGCAGCUGGCUCAGCGUUUCGAUCCAACAGGCAAAAAUCGCCGGUGCUCACCGAUACUCCUCGCUACACCAGACCCAGUGGCCCGAAUCUCAGCGUUCACGAGUGCUGAAGCAUCAGAAUGACCUCAAGAGGCUCUGGUGGUGCAUAGUCCUCCGUGAUCGGAUUCUGUCUCUGAGUUUUCGCACAUCUAUACAAGUUACCAGGGUACAUUUUGACUUCGACGCCGAGACGCAUGCUCCUCUCGGCUUCGCAGAUCUGUCGAGUGAGAUCGAGAGGAGCCGAGUGUACAACUCUGGAACGAAGAAGUCAUUGAUCGAGAUCUUGGCUCAUCACAUACAGCUUAUGGUAGCACUCACAGAUCUACUGGUGCUCGUCUGGCCCCUGGACGAAGUACCACAGUGGGCAAGGAGACAUGGAGAGGAAGAGGUAGGUAAAAUCGAGCGCUGUAAGGGCCAGCUGAGAAGCUGGUAUCAACGGUCUACCUCGAGAUUUCCUAUGCCAGGAGACGAGAUAUUAUCAAGGCCAAACAUGGCUGGCAGGGGUGGACGAGGGGCUGAGUUCCACCACGACUCUGUCGUAUUGUACACCAAUCUGAUGUACAUUACUUACCACUCUGCCAUGACACGGCUCUGUCACCAUGAGUGUCUCCAACUGACACUCGCGUCGAUUUCAACGAGGCCGGGUGGGACACUACCGGACCCAUCAUCGUUGGCCAAGAAUGGACUGGAAAUUCGGGACGCAGCUUCUGGGGCUGUACGUUGUCUCAUGGAACUGGUACAGCUCCGCUUGUCAAAGUGGCUGCCGCUUAGCUCGACUUCAUGCACAUCUCUGCCGUUGAUACUUCACGUCAUCGAUGCCAAGCUCCCGUCGCAGUCCAAUCCGAAGCUGCCCAGUCUCCAUGAUCUCGUCGAGGCCGUAAGAAGCUACCAGUCUGCUCCCGAUAGCUUGGACUGGAUGUAUGACGCAGUGCGAGGUAUCGUCAGUUUGUCCCAGAUUCAAGAUCCGGGUCGAAUCUCAAGCCCAUCUUUGACCGCCGAAAAUCUCGGCGCGGUCAACAGCACCUCCGCUUCCGCGUCGGAAUUUGCGUGUCAUCCCAGCGUGCACCUACGUCUGGCACUGGUGAUGGACUCCGACCUGAAAAGGAGUAAGUCUCUGAACACCAGGGACUUAUCCGCCGGAAUCGCGAGGUUGUUCUCGAGUGACAGCGUCAACCGCAUUAAAGCACUCCUCAGCCAGGUCCCCCAGCAGAAGCACACGCCUUCGGCCGGGUCCUCGCGGAUCCAGUCAAACUCCAGCAACCCGGACAACACCUCGAGGAAGCAGACGCUAGCCGACUGGGGCCAGGUGGACCAGUCCAUGAUCUUCGCGAUCGAGCUGGGCCUCGUCCCGGCGGAGCCCGCGGCGGGGGACAGCAGCUCGGACUCGGCGAGCGCCAUGUCAGUCGGCACAGAGGACGACAAUGCGGUCCCGGCAGAGUCCGCCAGGCUUCUUCACCGCGUGGUCGACAGCAUGGACUGGAAGGACAUCGCGGGCCAGGCUUUCUCCGAAACGGGCGACAAUGCCGAAAGGGACGUGCUGGGUGCUUUUAUCUUCAGGGAUCAGCCGCCUGGGGCAAGCGAGGGAUACGUCAUGAUAGAGGAGGAUAGCGGCGGCCCUGGUAAUGAGGGAUCGGCGUUCCGUGAGGCGCCGCCAGAAUCGGCGGACGACGAUGGUGACUUGGAGACUGCUAAUGCGUUACUCGGUGCGGUGACAGGUUAG